AGUGAGGCGCAAGAACUUGUAAAUCAUUGGCUUCGUAAUAGUGCAUUUCCAACGUCAUGGAAUCUCAAAAUCCACAUCCGAAAACACACUGGGGAGUAUCCUUAUCAUUGCGAUAUAUGCAAAAAACGUUUUCUUACCUCAUCAGUUCUAGCCGCCCACAAGCGAACACACACAGGUGAGAAACCAUAUAAGUGCACAAUCCCGGGCUGUGAACAGGCAUUCGCACAGUCCUCCACCCGCGACAGCCACAUAGCGGCGCACACUGGGGAGAAACCUUAUCGUUGCGACAAAUGCAGGUCAUGUUUUUCUCAGCUAUCGACACUAACCCAACACAAGAGAACACAUACAGGUGAGAAACCAUAUCAGUGCACAAACCCGGGCUGUGAACAGGCAUUCGCACAGGCCUGCACCCGCGACAGACACAUAGCGACGCACACUGGGGAGAAACCUUAUCGUUGCGACAAAUGCAGCUCACGUUUUUCUCAGCUAUCGACACUAACCCGACACAAGAGAACACAUACAGGUGAGAAACCAUAUCAGUGCACAAACCCGGGCUGUGAACAGGCAUUCGCACAGGCUGUUGAUAUGUACCAGGAAAAGCAAUGGCCCGAGGUGGGAACCCUGGGGUACUCCAGACUUGACGGGACGUGGGGAGGACAGAUGGUGUUGGACGCGGACGCUGAAUGUUCGCGUAUCGAGGUAGUUCUUAAACCAACUCGUAGCCGGAGCAUCGCAGAUAGUCCCGAGUUGCUGGAGAAGCACGUCAUGCGGCACUUUAUCGAAGGCCUUCGCAAAAUCGAGAAAUGCAGCAUCGUAAGGGAUGCGUUUAUCCAUGGUCGAGGCGAUCUUAGUAGUGAGCUGUAUCAGCUGGUCAACUGUGGAGCGAUCACGGACAAAGCCGAACUGUUCCGGGACAAUGAUGUUGUUGACCUCGAGAUAGUGACCGAAUUUGGUGGCGACAAUCUUGUCUAG